GGAAUUACUGAAUAUCCCUCGUUUUCGCUGCGUAUGCGCGUGGUAGCCAAAUCUCGAUCGGGAAAAAGUUGAAGGUGCGGCUCUGCGGAGAAACGAAAAAGACGGAAAAUCGAAUUGCUGCGGCGACUAUCGGAGUAAACAAAACACAGCAACUCACGACAAUAUUUAACUGGACAUACUACACUCACUAUCUACACCAUGGGAGAGAAGGACAAGUCCAAGGUUCACAAGCUGUCACUCAAAGGGUCGGCCAAGCUCGUGGCCGAAUUCUUUGAAUAUUCAAUCAAUUCAAUCCUUUUCCAGCGAGGAGUCUACCCUCCGGAAGACUUUACAACAGUCAAGAAAUAUGGCCUCAACAUGCUCGUCUCCUCCGACGACCAAGUCAAAGCCUACAUCAAGAAGAUCAUGUCUCAGCUCAAUAAGUGGAUGAUGGGCGGAAAGAUCUCGAAACUGGUCUUGGUUAUCACCAGCAGAGAGACCGGAGAGCAUGUGGAACGAUGGCAGUUCGAUGUUGAGAUAUUCAAUAAGCACAAGCGGAGCAAGUCGGCUCAGAAAUCGGGUGAUAAGGAGAACACGGGUGACGCCGAGUCCGCAGCCCCCAUCGAGAAGACCGAAAAAGAGAUCCAAGACGAAAUCCAAGCCAUCUUCCGCCAGAUCACCGCCUCCGUUACCUUCCUCCCCGUUCUAGACGGCGACUGCACCUUCAACGUCCUGGUCUACGCCGAUGCGGACUCCGAAGUGCCGGUUGAAUGGGGCGACAGUGACGCCAAGGAGAUCAAGAACGCCGAAAAGGUGCAGCUGAGAAGUUUUAGUACAAAUAAUCACCGGGUCGAGACGUUGGUCAGCUAUCGUCUGGCUGAUUAGAGUGAUAGGAGGGGUGUUUUGUGGUGGGCGUUCUGGUUUUAUUGCAUCUCGGGUUUUGCAUUAU